AUGCAAUUCACAUACGCUGCCAUUUCUGCCCUCCUUGCCUCAGUGGCUUACUCCCAAAGUAUCGCUAGUGAAGUGGCACAACUCCCAUCUUGUGCCCUUGCCUGCUUGUCAACAGCUUCCAGUGGUGCUGGAUGUAGUAUUACCGACUUUGCAUGCCAAUGCGGUGAUGCUAAAGACGCUAUCACCAAAGCUGCCACUCCAUGUAUCGCAGCUGGAUGCUCUGCCUCUGACACUUUGACCACUCAAAAAAUCACUACCGAAAUCUGUGCUCUCCAAGCAGCUUCUGGUUCAUCAGGUUCUUCAGCCGCCGCAUCUUCGACCCAAGCAUCGUCUUCAUCUUCAACCGAUUCAGCUUCUUCAUCUGUCAUUAGCAACAUUUCCUCAGCAGGUAGCUCUAUUGCUAGCGCCACUAGCGCGGCUUCUUCAAGUGUAUCUUCAGUUCUAUCAUCCGCUUCCUCUGCUAUUUCUUCAGCCACUUCUUCAGCUUCAGCUCCCGCUACAGUUUCUACAGCUGCCGGAAGUAGAGUCAAUGCUGCCGGAGCUAUUGUUGGAGCUGGUUUCUUGGCCGCUUUCGCUUUGUGA